UGCUCUUAUUCAAAGCUUCAAAUCAAAAUGGACCCUCUCUUCUGCUUGAGUCCUUUUCAGUUUCACUCUGAAUUUUCUUAGCUGAAUUUAAUAUAUGUUUUGGAAUUGUAGAAUUGGAAUUAGAAUUAGAAUUGUACAAAAAAAAAAAGAUUGAAAUGCGAAUGGUUUGAUUCUGAAAGUCAAGAACGUGGCAUUAGAUUUUCUUUUGCUUUAUGAGAGAGUGACAAAAAAAACCAGUUUUAUUCGGAUUAAGCUCUACAAACUGAAGCCAUCACCAUGAAAAGAGUUCCAAGAACUCGUUUCUCUCUUCUUGUUCUCCUUCUGCUUCACAUUUUUGUGUUUUCUUUACUUCCAUUGAAGAUUGCUUCCUCACCAAGAACACAAGCAGAGGCUCUGAUAAAAUGGAAGAACAGCUUGGCCAUUAAACCAUCAACUCUGAAUUCAUGGUCCAAUAACAACAUCAACAAUCUCUGCAAGUGGAGUAAUGUUGUCUGCAGUAACUCCACCGGUGAAAUCUCACAAAUAGACCUCUCCAGCAUGGACCUGAAUGGAACUCUAGACCAGUUCAACUUCUCUCCAUUCCUUAACAUCACUGUCUUCAACCUCAACAACAAUGUUUUCUCUGGUUCCAUACCAACAGCCAUUGGUAAUCUCACCAAGCUCACUGUGUUGGACUUGAGUGACAAUGAUAUUGAAGGACAAAUACCAGUGGAGAUAAGCCGGUUAACAGAGCUUCAAUAUCUCAGUCUGUUCAACAAUUUUCUUGAAGGGCCAAUCCCUUACCAGAUCAGCAAUCUACCAAAGGUAUGGUACUUAUCCCUUGGAGCAAACAACUUGGAGAAUUCUGAGUGGUCAAAAUUUUCAAGCAUGCCUUUGUUAACCUACCUUGAUAUUUAUUUGAAUCAGUUUAAUUCAACAUUCCCAGAUUUCAUAUCAAAGUGUAGGAACUUGACCUUCCUAGACAUGUCUCAAAACAGCUGGAAUGGUUCAAUUCCAGAGUCUGUAUUUUCCAAUCUGGGCAAACUCCAAUCUUUCAAUCUCACUAAUAAUCAAUUUAAGGGACCUUUGUCAUCAAACAUUUCAAAGCUUUCUCAGCUCACACACCUUCAUUUGCCAAAUAACUUUCUCAGUGGUGAAAUUCCUGAAGGAAUUGGUCUCCUACAAAAUCUUGAGGUUAUUGAACUGUAUAACAACUCCUUUAGUAGGAGUAUUCCUUCUUCUAUUGGCCAACUCAAGAAUCUCUUACGUCUUGAUCUUCGCAUGAAUUUGUUAAACUCAACAAUUCCUUCUGCGCUUGGUUCUUGUACUAGGCUAGGUUACUUGGCUUUGGCUCAAAAUAGACUCGGUGGAGAAUUGCCAUACUCAUUAUCCAAUCUGAAUAGUCUCACAGAUCUUGGCUUAUCUGAUAAUUAUUUCACUGGCACUCUCUCCUCUGUCUUGAUCUCCAAUUGGACUGCUCUCACCUCAGUACAAUUCCAAAACAACAGCUUCAGUGGGCAAAUUCCUAAAGAAAUUGGGCUAUUGAAGAAUGUCACUUAUAUUUUCCUAUACCAAAAUAACUUCAGUGGUCCAAUUCCCUCAGAGAUUGGAAAUUUGAAGGAACUAGCAAACUUAGAUCUUUCUGGGAACCAUCUCACCGGUCUAAUUCCAUCUUCUUUAUGGAACCUCAAAAGCCUCUCCUCUGUGCAACUCUUCUACAACAAUCUGGUUGGAACCAUCCCACCAGAGAUUGGAAAUCUAGUAUCACUGUCAACUUUUGAUGUUAACACCAACAGACUCUCAGGAGAGUUGCCGGUUAACAUUUCCAGCCUCAGCAACUUGGUGGGGUUCUCUGUUUUCACCAAUAACUUCACAGGAACAAUCCCCAGAGACUUUGGGAAGAACAGUCCUAAUUUGACAUACAUUAGCUUUUCAAACAACUCAUUUUCCGGAAAGUUGCCACCAUAUUUGUGUAAUGGGUUCAAGCUAGAGACUUUGACUGUGAACAACAACAGCUUCACGGGACCAUUGCCCGAGUGCCUAAGAAAAUGCACCAACUUGAAGAGAGUAAGGCUUGACGAGAAUAAUUUCACAGGAAAUAUUACUGAUGCUUUUGGUGUUCACCCCGCUCUUGAUUUCGUUCGACUAAGCGACAGCCAAUUCGUUGGUCAAAUUUCAAGUACGUGGGGGCAAUGUGUGAAUCUCACCAAUUUACAGAUGAGUCGAAACAAAAUCUCUGGUAAGAUCCCACCUGAACUCGGGAAUGCAAAAAAUUUGCACGUUUUGAGCUUAGAGUCUAACGAGUUAAGUGAGGAAAUUCCAACUCAACUUGGAAACCUAAACAAGUUGUUCCAUCUCAACCUCAGCAAUAACCAUUUCACAGGGAGCAUCCCUCGAAGCCUGUCCAAUCUAACUAAGCUGAAAACUCUUGAUGUAUCUGCGAACAAUGUUUCUGGGACCAUUCCAACUUGGCUCGAGGAUUAUAAAUUUUUGUCGAGCUUGAAUCUUAGUCACAACAAGUUUUCUGGCGAAAUACCUCAAGAGCUUGGCAACUUGGGCUCGUUGAAGUACAUGUUGGAUCUCAGCAGCAAUUCUUUCACUGGAGAAAUCCCAUCAAACUUGGCCAAGCUUUCAUCACUGGAGAACCUUGACGUCUCAAAUAAUCAACUAUCCGGAAAAAUCCCAUCGUCGUUUUCCAGCAUGGUUAGUCUAGUUUCGGUCGACUUCUCCUACAACAACUUGACGGGUCCAAUCCCAACUGGAAAAGCUUUCCAAAACAAGAACGCUUUCUUGGGAAACCCUGGCUUAUGCGGAGACACAGAAGGGGUCAACCUCAAUCCGUGUAGCUCAACGUCAAACUACAAAUCAAGCAAGAGAACGACACAUAUUGUUAUCGGGGCCCUUGUUGUCGUUUGUGUUAGAAUAUUAUUUAUUUGGUAUAUAAAAUCAACUAAUUGAUUUAAUAUAUUCAAUAUUUAAUUUAUUGACAAAAUAUUCUAAUUAAUGGUCAACAUUGUUUGUUACCUGAUUUGUUGUUACCCGAUUUUUCAUAUCCCAACUGAUUGAGGAAAUAUCUCAAU